CCCUCGCACAUUUACACAUCGUCGGAUACGGGUUGUCCGUCCGCCACUCGUAAACAGCUAGUCAACAAUGCAAAGUGUAAUAAAUUCCGUGAAGGGCACCGCGCUGGGCGUCGCUGAAUACUUGACGCCGGUGCUAAAGGAGAGCAAAUUUCGAGAAACGGGUGUUUUGACACCAGAGGAGUUUGUAGCAGCUGGCGAUCAUUUGGUGCAUCACUGUCCUACAUGGCAAUGGGCUACCGGCGAUGAGGAUAGGGCAAAAUCUUAUCUACCAAAGGGCAAACAGUUCCUGUUGACUCGUAAUGUACCUUGCACGCGUCGAUGUAAACAGAUGGAAUAUAGCAACGAGCAAGAAUGUAUUAUAGAAGCUGACGAUCCCGAAGGUGGUUGGGUGGACACCCAUCAUUAUGCUACCAGUGUUGCUGGCCUGGAUGAAAGAGUAUCGGAAAUGGCACUGGAAGAAACCCUGGGGGAAUCAUCUCAACUUCAGGACAACGCGGACGAGGACGAAGACGAUGAGGAUGCUGCUGACAUGGAGGCUUUCGAGAUCAGCGGCAUGCUGGACGAGCAGGAUAAACACGUGGCGACGGAAAGCACUAAAAAAACCAGCCAUGAGAAACGUGAUUCAUUUACAGAGGGAGAGAUUAUUCGCACUCGCACCUAUGACUUAUACAUUACAUAUGAUAAAUAUUAUCAAACUCCUAGAUUAUGGUUGUUUGGAUAUAAUGAGAAUCGGAAGUCGCUUAAUGUAGAAGAAAUGUAUGAAGAUGUUAGUCAAGAUCACGCUAAGAAGACAGUUACGAUGGAAACUCACCCGCACAUACCUGGUCCUCCUAUGGCUUCUGUUCACCCCUGCAGGCAUGCGGAAGUGAUGAAGAAAAUCAUGGAGACGGUAAUGGAGGGAGGUGGAGAAUUAGGAGUGCAUAUGUACCUCAUAAUAUUUCUAAAAUUUGUUCAAUCCGUCAUACCAACGAUCGAAUAUGACUACACGCAAAAUUUUAUGUUAAAUGCGGCCGGCUAGAUGCGUCAUUAGUCCUAAAUUAUCGUUGUAUUGUGAUUAAUAUGAAUUGCUUACCAACCGUAUUUAGUGGAUACGCGAGAGAUAAUUGUGUAUCGAUGUUUACUACGCUUUUCAUCAUAAAUGUGAAGAUCGUAAGGAUAUUCAAAUUGAUGGUAAGAAUCUAAGAUGAUUUCAUAUAUUUUGAAUUGACUUCUGAAAAUUUGAGUGAUAAAAGUAUUUUGAACGGUAUAAACAUCUACUCCCAAGAAUCUAAAGUAUGAAAUUGCACGGAUCUCGAGCGUUCGGCAUUUAAGAAUCCACAUGUCACUUGUCCUAAUUAAUUUUAAGCAAACAUGUACAAGAUGCUUUUUUACAUUGCAAGAUACUAAGUUAAGCAGAUACUUGACACCGUUAGACAAUAAGAGCGGAAUAAAAGUUACGCUAAAAGCAACGAAAAAAAAUCGACAGAAACAAAUACGAAAAUAAUUUCAUAUUAUACAGAAUGUCUUUUAAGUCCAUGUCGUAACUUUAGAAGGCAAUUCUUUAAAUUAUUUAAGUAAAGAUUCAAAGAUCGUACAACUAGACUUUUGAUCUCCAAGAAAUCUAUGAUUUUUAACAAAAUAAGAAUAUUGUAACUCAGUCAAAAAUUCACUGGAUGAAGAAAACUUAAAAGUCUUAAUAAAUAUGGAUCCUAAAAUCAAUAAUUUCUGUAUUACAAGAUGUUGAUGUUUUUUAAAAAUUACAUUUUCUUAAAUAUAUCAGGUUAUGUAUAUUUAUAUAAAUCCAUAAAACUUGAGUAGCUAAUUUAUCUAAUAGACGUUAAUGGCACACACAAAAAAGUGGUCUAAUACUAGAACCCCACUAGUCAAUCUCUAUGUAUUUUGACGUGCUAAAUACAAAUCCGGUGUCAGAAUUGCCCCAUCACCCACCAUUUUCCACAUGCAACGAAAUUAUUAAUUAUUAAUUAGUUUUCAAGGUUUUAUAAGACCAUUUUUUUAUUUAAAAAAAUGAGUGUGUAAUUCAUAAAAUUGGUAUAAAAAUAUUGGAGUCAGUAACAAAGAUGUCAAAUCUAAAAAAAAUCAAAAUUCAAUGCUAAUGGCAGAUUUCAAGAUUAGUACUUAAUUCCUGAUUCAGUUUUCAAUGGAAAAGUUGUCUUGCACUUUAUCGAAAUGAGUAUGAUUUUAAAAGUUAUGACAAAAUCUUACAUUUUUCUCAUUGAAAAUUAGAAGUGAGAUGAUAUUUUAAGGUCUAAACUCUAAACUGAUCAAAAAAGCAAUCCAUUAACACAAACAUAUGCUGCUUCAUGUGUUAAUGUUAAUAGAAUUGAUAACCCUCCCCGAAAAAAUCUUAGAUAUGCCCAUGAUUGUUUAAUAUUUAAUAUUUACAUAUUUAGAUUGUUUACCCAAGUUUUAUGAAUUUAUGGAUACAAAUGUAAUACGAAAUACUAGCACACAAGGUGUCCGCAACAAUAUAGACACGUUGUUAUCUGAGUGUGUCUAUUAAUCCUUCAUUGUUCUUAUUUGACAAACAAACUCUUUCUCUUAGAAUCGGUUGUUUCAACUUUUUGAUAAACUUACUAUCAGAUAAAUAUCCAUCUAUCUUUACCUAUCUUUAUCUUUUUUCUGAAUAAAUAAAGACACAUAACAUAAGUAUCUGUCGAGUAAAACUUUCUAAUAAAUUGGAACAAUCAGUCCUUAGUGUUCUAUGAGCAUCGCGCUUAUAUGUGUGUUACUGUAUUAGUGCGAUGUUACCAUAUAAUUUUCUGAGAUCAUGAAGAUGAUGAGAGAAAAAAGAAAUUAAUAAAAGAUAUAAAAAUAAUUUUAAAAAGUCUCAAUUGCUGCAUAAACACAGUCUUGUAAAAACAUAAAUGCACAUCGAUUCGUCAAUUUAUCGCAAAAAAAUCGAUAAAUGCUAGGUAACAGGAUUGUACAUACAUAUAUCUACGUAUUUAUUCUCGCUACAUUCAGAUAUAUCACACAUUAACACUUUCAAAAACUAACAAAAA